AUGGAUGAGUCCAAUGUGACCGCGUUUGUUGAUCAGGAGUCUCCGAAUGCCUCAACCGGCAGGAAUUCCUCAGUCGGGAAUGCAGCACCACAUAUUCCAGUUGUGCACUGGGUCAUUAUGAGCAUCUCCCCACUGGGCUUUGUGGAAAACGGGAUUCUCCUCUGGUUCCUCUGCUUCCGGAUGAGAAGAAACCCCUUCACUGUCUACAUCACCCACUUGUCUAUUGCUGAUAUCUCGUUACUCUUUUGUAUUUUUAUUCUGUCUAUUGACUAUGCUUUAGACUAUGAACUCUCUUCUGGCCAUUACUACACAAUCGUCACACUAUCAGUGACUUUUAUGUUUGGCUACAACACAGGUCUCUACCUGCUGACCGCCAUUAGUGUGGAGAGGUGCCUAUCUGUCCUCUACCCCAUCUGGUACCGAUGCCACCGCCCCAAGCAUCAGUCAGCGUUUGUCUGUGCCCUCCUGUGGGCUCUUUCCUGCCUGGUGACCACAAUGGAGUACAUCAUGUGCAUUGACAGUGAAGAAAACAGCCGCUCUCGAAGUGACUGCCGGGCAGUCAUCCUCUUUAUAGCUGUCCUCAGCUUCCUGGUUUUUACCCCACUCAUGCUGGUGUCCAGCACUAUCUUGGCGGUGAAGAUCCGAAAGAACACACGGACCACCCAUUCCUCAAAGCUGUACAUCGUCAUCAUGGUCACCAUCAUUAUCUUCCUCAUCUUUGCCAUGCCCAUGAGGCUUCUCUACCUGCUGUACUACGAGUACUGGUCCACAUUCGGGACCCUACAUAACAUCUCUCUGCUCUUUUCCACGAUUAACAGCAGUGCCAAUCCUUUCAUUUACUUCUUUGUGGGCAGCAGUAAGAAAAAGCGGUUCAAGGAGUCCUUAAAAGUAGUCCUGACCAGGGCUUUCAAAGAUGAGAUGCAGCCCAGGCGCCAGGAAGACAGUGGCAAUACCAUUUCUGUCGAGACUGUUGUCUGA